GGAGGUGCACGCUAUAAAGCAGGAGCCCAUGCUCUCUUUUGGGGACAUGAGGAGAGUAAACUCAGGGUUGAGUUGUAUCUUUGGACCCCACUUGGAUUUCUUUGCUCAUCUGUCCACUUGAAGGUGUUUUGAAGUCGCAACCAGAAACUUGCUACCAUGGUGCAAAUGUUACUGCCGUAUAUUGGAGGUGUGACCGUGUCCGAGACCCUGGUGGCCGCAACCACGCUUUGCCUGGUCUACUUGUUGCUCAAGUUCUUCCGAAACGACAUUCCCGUGGGGCUAAAGCGGCUCCCGGGUCCCGUGCCCUUGCCCAUCAUCGGCAAUGUGCUGGAAUUGGGUAAAAGACCCUACCUGAGCCUUACCGCUAUGAGCAAACGCUACGGCCCUGUGUUUAAGAUCAAGAUUGGCUCGCGUCCUGUCGUAGUGCUGAGCGGCAGCGAAACGGUGCGACAGGCGCUCAUUAAACAAGGUGAGGAGUUCUCAGGAAGGCCCGAUCUGUACUCCUUCCGAUUCAUCAGCGACGGCGAAAGCCUGGCCUUCAGCACGGACCAAAAGGACGUGUGGCGUACUCGUCGGAAGCUGGCCCUCAGUGCCCUACGUUCCUUCGCCACCCUGGAUGGCACCUCGUCGCAGUAUUCAUGCAUGCUAGAGGAGCACAUCUGCAAAGAGGGCGAGUAUCUGCUGAAGCAGAUCAAUAACGUCAUGAAGACCGACGGCAGCUUUGACCCCUUUCGCCACAUUGUCGUCUCCGUGGCCAACGUCAUCUGCGGGAUGUGCUUCGGCCGCCGCUACAACCACGACGACAAGGAGCUCUUGAGCCUGGUGAACCUCAGCGAUGAGUUCAGCCAGGUGGUGGGCAGCGGCAACCCUGCCGACUUCAUCCCGGUGCUCCAGUACCUGCCAAGCACCACCAUGAAGAUGUUUGUGAACAUCAACGAACGUUUCAACGCCUUUGUGGGGAAAAUUGUUACUGAACACUAUGCCACCUUCAAAAAGGACAACAUUCGGGACAUCACUGACUCCCUCAUUGACCACUGCGAGGACAGGAAGCUUGAUGAGAACUCCAAUGUCCAGGUGUCAGAUGGCAAAAUUGUAGGGAUCGUCAAUGAUCUCUUCGGAGCAGGUUUCGACACCGUUUCAACCGCCUUAUCCUGGUCAGUAAUGUACUUGGUGUCUUAUCCGGAGAUUCAGGAAAGGCUUUAUCAGGAGAUAAAGAACAAAGUGGGACUUCACCGCACCCCUCUUUUAUCAGACAAAGCCAACCUGCCAUUCCUUGAGGCUUUCAUCCUGGAAAUGUUUCGGCACUCAUCGUACCUGCCAUUCACCAUCCCCCACUGCACGACAAAGGACACAUCUCUGAAUGGCUUCUUCAUUCCUAAAGACACCUGCGUCUUCAUCAAUCAAUGGCAAAUCAACCAAGACCCGGAGCUCUGGAAGGAUCCGUCAUCUUUUAAUCCAGAACGCUUCCUUAGUGCCGAUGGCACCGAGCUCAACAAGCAGGAGGGCGAGAAGGUGAUGAGUUUUGGCCUAGGCAAGCGCCGUUGCAUCGGCGAGGUCAUUGCGCGCCAGGAAGUCUUCUUGUUCCUGGCCAUUAUAGUGCAAGGGCUGCACUUCUACGCAGUGCCCGGCAAUCCUUUGGACUUGACGCCUGAGUACGGCCUAACCAUGAAGCAUAAGCGCUGCAAGCUAGGAGCUACCGUUCGGCCGCUUGGCGUGCAGUGAAUACCUAGCAGAGAAGAGCCUAUGAACAAUGCGCAGCGCUGGAAAUAACGCAACCACAGUAAUCACGAUCUACGUAUCAACGCAUUGUCCUUCCUGCGCAAUUCAACUUUUCACUGAGACUUAGACCAAAUGGGGUUCCACAAUUAUAGUAGUACCAAUGAUUGGUUGUGACGCUACUUUAGAAUUUCGCAAAAGUAAAACCACAUUAGAAUAAAUUUCUUUUAACUGACAGUAAGUAUGUACAGUAAGUUACAUUUUUUGUGUAACGGAUGCAUGACUCUCAAACAGGGCCAUAUUGUCAGAAUGUAACGCAUAGGACGUCAAAUUGAAGCCGAGCAACUAACAAUGUUGUGAAGAGAUGUUUUUGCAAAUGUCCAUGUUUGUGAUUUUGGGUCCCGCUGCUAUCCUGUGACUUCGAAUGAAAUACAUUAUGACCUUAAGCUGUUUAUAUUUUAUAACCCAAUAUAAUGUGGAUUUAAAAACACUGAAGCUAUAUUUGUAUCCUGAAAUGUGAUUGUUGUGUUUCUAUCAAGUAUUUUGUAAAGUCAUUUUAUGUGCCUGAUAUUUGUUUAUAUUUGAGGGGGAAAUUAAUUUGUUUGUACACGUAUGUAUGUGUUUGAUUUGUCAGGAUACCAAAAAAAAAAAAAAAAAGUGAAUGUUUUUUUUUUUUUUUUUACAUGUCUAUCAUUGUUAUGACUGCGUGUGAGUAAAAGUGGAUACGUGAUGAUCAAAACGUCAAUAAAAAUACGCCGAAUGUGUUUUUUGCACCGCUUGCUCAGUCUCCUUGCUCUGUCAUACACAAAUCUGUCCUUUCUUUCGGUUUGUCCACUCAUUUAAUGCAACACUUUUUAACUUUUCAGUUUGGUCGAUUUUAGUGACACCAGUGGACAAAAGUGGUAGUGUUUUGCAUUAAAGAGCAUACGACAGGAGAAAAAAAGUCUUAAAUAGCAUUAUUAUGUGAAUUAGAAUCAUAUUUUGAGACGAUUUGAGUAUAUACAACAAUUUAGCAAAGCGCAGAUGACGAGAAAUUAGUCUUUUAAUCUGCCGGUUAGCCACGCCUACCAUUAUAGGGCUCGAGCCUCCCCAACAGGUGGAUGACGUCAGCAGGAGACUGGGCUCAUCGGUUUUACUAUUCAGCGCAUUGAGGGGGAAUUAUUCAGAGCGAGGAAAACGUGACGAAGAGAGCCGCAAAAUGUCAUUGUUUCAGUCUCUCUACUCCAAUAUUUUUACAGGAUAUUCUUUUUAUCCAAGUAUUUUUCCCCAAUAGCUAUAUAAAUGGCUUGAGAAGGACCAGUCAGCCCUCCGAGGGGGAACUAUUCACAACGAGGAUAACGCGACGAAGAGAGCUGCAGAAUGUCAUUGUUUCUGUCUCUUUACUUCAAUAUUAUUACAGGAUAUUCAUUUUAUCCAAGUAUUUUCCCCAAUUGCUAAAUAAAUGGCAUGGUCAUGACAAAUAACAGUCUUGUGCUAAAUGGAAUAUGAAAUAAUAAAAAUG